AUGGCAGUUAACGAUUUCACUUCCAAAGCGACUGAACCCGAAAUCUGCUUCCCGAGGUCAUUUCCCAACUUCUUGAUCUGGAUCUACAACCUUCGCAUCACCUACCCAAAAGAGGAAAUCUACAUUUGCGACGAUGAUGUAUCUGGCGCCUUCCGCCAUGUCAAAUGGAACCCCAAUGUUGUUGGCAUGCACAUGUUCAUGCUAUUUGGAUUCCUAUUCUUCUGUAUGGGUCUCUCAUUUGGCGACAACACCAGCCCAGCCCAAUGGGAAGUCGUCGCCAUGGUCCGCCAGCAACUCGCCCAAUCCCUUUGGUAUGCUGCAGUCACCACCAUCCCACGAGUUGCAAAAUACCUCCCAAAGCUAUCCUUUGCUCCUCUUCCAACGCCAUCCGACAUCGCCACUUUCACUCCUGCCAAACCCGACUCUAAGAAUCCAGGGGUCGUAAACGCAGACGGAUCCCGCAAGUCCCCAACCUUUGACCACCAUGUUGACAAUUGCCCCUACGCCGACGUGGCCCUAUUCUUGCGCCAAACAAUUUCUGCCAGCAUCCUUGCCUGA